AUGGUUUUUAAAGCAUAUUUAUCAAAUAAAUUAAUGAUAAGCAGCCUAGUUGGCUGGGAAACAGAGCUAUCAAGUUCCCAUAGUCUUUUUGCCCACUCAACUAUUCCAAACAAACUGAAAAUUAAUUUUUAUGGUUUAUUUAGCAGCAUUUUCAAGCCAAAAUACUCCCAAAAGAUUAAUGUAAAACAUCAAAUAUUUUACGAGAUUUUGAUCAAUACAAUAUUUACUUUGCAAGCCAUAUCACUCGCUUGAUACCCAAAAAUGAAUAUCACUGAUUGGGCUGCUUAUGAAGAGGUUUGGAAAAUUUUAGGCUUUAUUAGCUACGACUCAGUGUGCGCUGAUUUAAAUAUCAUAAAUUUCUGCUUCUUUGGAACCGGGCUUCUCAUUGCUGCAGAAAUGGUAUUUAUAGUCAUUUUUGGGUAUUUUAAGUAUCUCAACAAAAAACCAUCAGCUAUUUUUAGCUUUUUAACGAGGAAAAUCGCACUACUUUUGACAACGUUUUGCAUGAUUCCAAGCAUGAAUAUUAUGCUUGCGGCAUUGAAGUAUUCCCUUAUAAACGCAGAUAAAAUUGCUGAGUAUAAUAGAAAAAUUGCCACUGGAGACAUAAAUUAUGGUUAUAUAGGGAUUAUAAUCCCAAUACUUGCAAUUUUGAUAUUAAUUACUCUCAAUUUUUUAUCCGAAGUUUUUUCUUGUGAUAUGAAGCAUUCCCAUUACAAAAAAAAUAUUAAAGCAAGAUCUUCGUCUGAGCUAGAUUUACAAACAAAAUUUUUUUAUGUGAUUUUAUGCAUUUUUUAUUUUUCAUUUGGAGAUAGCUAUGCUAUUAGCUACCAAAUCUCGUCAUUGGUAAUUUCAUUAUACUUAUUAGCAAAAUGCACAAUUUGUUUGCCAUAUUUCAAUAUGAUUGAAAACAGCAUUAAAGCCUCCGCUUUUGCAAUGAUUUCUUUGAAUUUAUCUAAUUUUCUCUUUGGAAGAGCUUUAGAUAAUUCCAUGAUAAUAUUGGUUUUCAGUAUUUUUUUGCAGCCAUUAAUUUUGUUUAUUUCUAUUAAGUUUGUUUUUUCUCAAUACAAAAAUUUAUCGAAAUCCAAAAAUAUCAUAAAAAAUCAGUUCAAUUUUGAAAGAAAAUUUAGAAAUUUACUAACCACCCUCCCUUGAACUUGGAAUAAAAAAUUCUGUUAAAUUUAGAGGGAGCUAAAUGUUUUUAGACCAUUACUUAUAUUAAAUUUUCUUUAUAAAAAAUUUAAAAUAUAAAUUUAAUCUAUUUUUUAUAAAGAAUUAAUUCAAAAAAUUAAUCGAUUCGAUAUGAAAAUUAUUUAAAUCAUUUAUUCUCUAAUUAAAUUAGGCCAAAACUAAUUUUAUUUUUCACCUAUGCAAUCUUCCUAACUUUGUAAUAAUUUAAAGGAGUAAACUACCCAAAAAAUGAAAAUUUUACGUAUGCUUUAUUUUAUUUAAGGGAAGAGUAAUAAAUAGCAGAAAUGAAGAAAAAAACAACACUUUAAAUUUAUUUAAAAAUUUUUGAAAAUCAAGCCUAUUCCAAAAAGAUAAAAUUUUUAUUAUUUGAGAAUUUAAUUUCUGUAGAUCAGGCGUAAAAGAUGAAAGAUUGGCAAGAAUAAAAUUUUCAAAAAUUAAAAAGGCUAAUGCAUCAUUAGAAGGGGAAAUUCAGGAAUGAUUAGGCUAAGUUAGUGGAUCACUAGGUCUUAUUUCAGCCCUACCCUACAAAUAUUAGUUUUGAGCUCAGGUGGUGCUAAGCAUAACUCAAAAUAACGGCCUUUUUCUCCCUGAGUCGCCAAAAAAUGAUAAAGUCAGCAGCCCGAUGGGACGAGAUCUUGAUCUUGACUAAUGAUUAAGGACUAUCUAUCGUUUGAAAGGCUUGAAUAUUAUUUGAUUGUCAAAGACCAUUUUAUUAUCCUGCCUCAGCUCUAUCGCAGACUAAAAUUUGUUUUCUAAAAAGUGCAGAAAGAUAUUACGCAAGGUCAUUCAUUUGUAAUCGAUGCAAAAAGGCCCCCCACAAAAACACCUCCAAAAAUCUAUUUCAAUAGGAUCCUAUUUAACUCGAAGCAUAUCAAAGGCCUAAUUCCACGAUCAUUUUAACAAUCUAUUCAAGAAUGAAGAAUAUUUAAUUGGCUUAACAGAAAGGUUAAACAGUUCCCAGAGUAUGAAUUUUUGCUAUUUUUAAAAGAGUUUAAUCGAAUAAAACUCAAAGAUGAAGAUCUCUGCAAUGUUCUAAUUGAGCUGCAAGGCGAAUUUGGCUCUAGAGCUCCAAGAAUACAAAAAUUAAUUAAUUUGGUAAAUAGAGCAGCUUUAGGUAUUGAUGAGAUAAAAGAAGGAUACCAAAAAAUUAUCUUAAGGCAUAAAAAUGUGGAAGCUUAUGAGUAUUAUGCCAGUUUUCUUGAAGGGAUUAUGAAUAACGCAGAAGAAGCCAAUUUAAUAAAAAGGGGGAAAAAUUGAAUAGAUCGGCAUAGUGAAUUAAAUGAGCAUCAAUCUCUAGAAAAAUGCAGCAGAGAUAUGGGAAUUCUACUUAUUUCUUGUGAAGAAUCAGACUUUGGAACAAUUGCGUAUAUAAACCAUAAGGCAGAACAAAUUUUAAAAAUUUCAGCAGAAAGUGCUUAUGGGACUUCUUUGAGCAAUUUUAUACCUCAGCCAUUUAAUGCAACACAUACAAAUUUAAUGAGAACUUUUUUCAAGGAAUGUGAGUCGACUGAAAUAUUUAGUCAUGAAAAUUUAUUUUUGCAAACAAAUGAUGGAUUUUUAGUCGAGUGCCAAAUGGUAAUAAAACUUACGGCACUUGAUAGCUCUGCAUACUUUUUAAUCUCCUUUAAGCCGAGACCCCCAACUCGGCAAAUUGCAUUAAUUUCUCAAGAAAAUAUCGUUCUUAGCCACUCACUCCUCCUUUAACAGUAAGCACGCUAUUGGGAAAAUUUACCCUUUAAAAGCAAAAAAUUUUAUUUUUAAAGAUUUCUAAUAGCUUCAAUUCUAUAAAUUAGAGUUUUUAAAACUUGAAAACAAUUAAUUAAAUUUUAAAAUUAAAAAAAUAAUUACUUAAAGGAGCAGGUCAGAGAAUUUUAUGCAAUUUUUUCAAAAAUCAAUAAAAUAUGCUCAUAAUAAGCAACUUCAAGAAAUAUUGGCUAAGGUAAAUAUUCAUAAUAUUCAAGAUAACGCUUCAUUGAUUUUCAACAUUAAUGGUAAAGAAAUUUUACUUUUACGUAUCACAAAAACUAUAAAAUCGACUCCUUUUCAUGUUUUACUAAUAAUCUAUGAUAGGAACGAAAUCCAAAAGUGAAGGCAAGGAGAGGCUCAAGAACAGCUUGGAAAUUUUGAGAAUUUAGGCGUAAAUAAUCAGAUAACUAGCUAGUUAGUGGUAACAUUAGUCCUCAAGGAACUCCCGCAUAAGAUUUUUUCUGCUUAAAACGAGCUACCCAUAAAAUCAUUGCUUCCUUGUCAAGGCUUCAGUCUUGGGUGAGGGGCUUAUGGAUUUCUGCGAUCUGCAAAAGGGCGAUUGAGAGUAGCUUGAUUCAUGGAUCAGCUUCAUAGAGUCUAUCAGGUGCCAAAAUGCAUUUUACAGCUACAUGAAAAGACUUCUCUCAUAACUUGGGCCGAAAACCUCAGUUUCUCAUUAGGGACAUUAUUCUGAAGAAAUUGCUAUGUGCCUCAUUUCCAAUAAUUUUAAGCAACCAAAAUCUACCAUUAAUCUCUGCUGCCUUUACCUUAAGGUCUACUGUUGAGCAUAGAGGAUAUGCGGCACAUGCCGCCAUUUUUAUUGUAUAUAAUAAUGAGAUACCUAAUUGAAGAUUUUUUAAUAAAAGAGACUCUAAUGGGUAUCUCUUUUCUAUUGACCGUGAAGAGUCCCGUAUUAAAGAGAUCAAUAUAUUAGAAAGUCCGGAUAAUUUGAUUGAAGAAAAUAAAACUGAAAAUCAAUCAGGUGUUGAAUCGAAGCUUUCUUCAUUAAGAAUGAGAAAUAGUAAAAAGGCGAAUAUAGGUAAAUUGUUGCUGCUGAAUUUGAAGAAAAAAAUUAGAAUUUUUCAAUGAGCUCUAUUUAUUAUUGUAAGAAAAACUUACUCCCCCCCCCCCCUCCGUGAGCGAACAAAAAAAUUUUGUUCGCUCACGGAGGGGGGUUAAUUUUUUUUUUUAAAAAAAAUUUAUAUAUAAAUUUUAUAAAAAAUAUUUUUUUCGAAAUUUAAAAAAAUCCUAAUUUGCAAAAAUUGGGAAGCAAAUAUUAAUUUAAUUUGCAAAAUUUAUGUUUUAAAACGCAAUUUGUUUAAAAUUAAACAGAUUUAGCUCUAGAUUUCAUUAUACUAAUUAUCACUUAUAUAUCAAAAUUUUUUUUCCAUUAAAAUUUUUUCUAUUAAAAAAAUUUUUGUUCACUCACGGAGGGUGGGUUUUUGGUCAAAAAAUGGCGAUUUUUUCUAAUGGUUUUGUUCGCUCACGGAGGGGGGGGGGGGGGGGAGUUAGAUAAAUAAAAUGGCAUUCGGUUCGAGAGAAAUUAGCUUUGCUAAUUUUCUCUCCCUCAUGGAAUUUUAUUUAUAGGGUUAGGUUUUCACUCGAGAACUUCUGGACAGCAAUAGCGGUUUAACUUUGGGGAUAACCAAAGGAACCACUCCUCAGUCCUCUCAAGAUUUCGGGCUUUUACCUCUCAGCACAUCCCCACGGGAGGAUGACCCUUAGGCGGAACACGCGCAGGAGCUGAAUCGAGCGACAAAGGCGAUGGCAACGCGCCGGGUGAGACGUCCAGCAAGGCCGGUGAAGCAGGAGUUGAUAGAAGGCUUGGACGGGGCUGACCCGUGCCAAGAUGGCUCGCCUACGUCACUAGUUUUGCCAUAGCCCUUUUGGGUUGCGGCACUAGACACCUUAAACACCAGAUAAUUAAGUAAGUAAGUAAGUAAGUAAGAAAAACUUAG